AUGCUUUUUUAUUUCAACAAGGAGAAAACCAGCCAAAUUCAUGCUUUCCUUCUUUUAUCUUUAAGGCCACGGUUCUACAUUUGUAAUAUUUUUAUAGGAUAGAAGCCUGUUAAAAAAAGGAGGAAUAACUAGGUGGUGAAAUAUGAAGAAAUCAGAAGAAAUUAAAAAUCAGUGAGUUUUCUUGGUUUUAUUUUUCUAAAGGGGAUUUAAGGGUACCCUGUGAAGUGCUGGAGAAGAGCACAGGGCUGCUGCCCUGACGGACUCUUGGGUUUGAGGCUCGGCGCAGAAGAAGCUGCCGGGCUGAGGCUCCAGGUGCUGCUGUGGCAGAGGCUCUUUGGCAGCUGCUGGUGACAGAUCUGCACAGAGAGGGGCAAGGACUUCCUGAGGUGAAGCCAGCCCUGCCUCCAAGAGGUGGCAGCGAGUGGAAAGGGGGAGCUGGCACAAAACCCCUCUGCCACCGAGUCUGCCACCAUGGCCCGGCCAUGGCUCCAUCUCUGCAUCUGCCUCCAGAUCCCAGGUUUUUAUACAACUCUACUUUUAACCCAAACUCCAGAGCGUAUUCUAACCCAAACUAACAAUAAAACUGAAAUCCUCUGUGAGCUGAAGAAGGAGCAUACCGGGGUGUACUGGUACCGCUGGAGCCAGCAGAAGCAACAUUUCGAGUUCCUGUUGUUUUCCAACACACUGAGCAAAGCCACAUAUGGCCCAAAUGUGAGGCAGGACAAGUUCAGUGUCCACGAGGCCAGGUCCCAGAGCUCCUACAGCCUGCACAUCAGCCACCUGCAACCCUUGGACAGCGGCACCUACUACUGCUCCAUCUCCCAGUCCUCCCAGCUGCUCCUGGGCAGUGGGACACAGCUCACAGUGGUUGAUGCUUUGCCUCCAAAGACCACACAGACACCGGUGUCCAAAAAGCCUGUGCCACGGACAACCAAAAGCAAAGCUGCCAGCAGGGAAGGUCCCUGCAGUCCCCUGGUCUGGAUCCCACUGGCUGCUGGUGUCCUGCUGCUCCUGCUGAGCCUGGUCCCCACCACCUACCGCCUGUACCGUGAGUUCCCUGCCAGCAUCCUGAGGGGUGCCAGACCCUGGGGCAGCCCACGAGGGGAUGGAGAGCCGGGAGAGGGUCCAGGACUGAUGGACACUGUCUCCUGUCUCUUCCCAGGUCUGCGGCGGAGGCUGUGGCUUCGCAUCCACAGGCAGUAAUUCCCAGUAAACCCCAGUGAUUCCCAGUAAAUCCCACUGCCCCCCCUGCCUCGGGCAGGCAGGGAGAAGCCAUGGACCCUCCCCUGCACGAGGCUGAGCACUGCCUGGAUGUGACCCAGGAAGGACCUGGCAGGGGACAGACGUGGGCUCGUCCCACAAUACAGACAUUUCCUUCCUGCAUGGCUUCAACAUCCUCCUGGACACAACAGCUGGCAAAAGGACCAAGCUGGAAUCUGCAGCAUCCUGAGCACUUCCCAAAGGACACUGAGCAGGGCAAAUGCCAUGGCUGGCUCUGCACAGGGGGAAAGGGACUGGUACCAAAGGGACUCAGAUGGGCUGGAAAGCUGUGAGCUCCUUGGCUCUCCUCUGUGUUCAUCUGUAGGACAGCACAAAAGUGCUUUUUUUGCUCCUGUUAAUACUGAUUGAUAAAAAUCUGUAACAAACACUUUGAGAGCAACCAACGGGGAUGGGGCAGAGACAACUUGUAAAGACCCUGUGCAGGUUUAUUCAAGACCAAAAGUGAAUAUAUCACUCAGUUAUUUUGUUCUGCAGGCUGGUGUCUUUUGGUCCACACGGUUGUGUGGCAAGCAAGGAACCACCGCCUCCAACCAAGAAAGAGUUAAAGCAGAGCAAAAGCUCCAGGGGGGAGCAGAUCUGGGAGGGUGUCUUCUCCCAUGGGAGACUGCAAACAGCCAGGAGUGGGAGAGGAAAACCAGACAAAGCCAUGCACACAAGGCCAAACACUUGGCACAGCCUGAAGGUCAACAUCACCUCUGAGAGCAAACAGAGGCCCCCAGGGGCUGGCCCUGAGCCCAGCAGCACAGCAGGGCCAGUGGGAACUGCCCUGAGUGAUGCCUGGUUGUGCUGAGCCCCAGGGGACCCCUGUGCCCUGAGCCCUGUGUGACAUCCCUGCACGCUGAGCCCCGAGUGAUGCCCACGGGUGCUGAGCCUUGAGUGAUGCCAGAAGCAGGGAAGGUCUCCCCAGGGAUGGCAACAAGGCUCAGCUGCUGCCCAGGGUGCCAAGGCAGAGCUGGGGCUGGAAAUUUGGCAUCCUGCCGAGCACAGGCAACGAGCACUUGCUCUCAAGUGCCCCCCCAGCCCCACAUCUGCUCACACACAGGCACCAGCACUGUGCCAGCUACAGUGAGGGCAAGGGGAAGGUGACACAGAGCCCCCAGGGUUGGGGAUAACAGUCUUGGGAUGAGCUUGUGCGUGAAAGUGGCACAGCUGUAUCACUCUGACCAUCCCCUUCCUCCCCUCCCAGCUGCAGGGUGCUGCUGCUUUCCACUCUAAUGCUGAAUUUCCUGUAGAGCUUGGUCUCAAGCCCAGCUGUUGGUGCUUCCCCUAAAUGAUGCAGUGGAUAAAUAAAGCUGGCAGUGGAUCACGCUGAGCCAGCUUUCCCAGGCUGUGACACUCACCCAAGCUCUCAGGCCACCCAGCUGUGGGGACACCAGCACGAGAUCCCACCCCAGGUGCAGCAGGGAGGGGACUCUGAGCAUCUCUGACCCCCAGACACCACAAUUUAUCCUCUGUGAAAGCUCAGAUUAACUAAAACAAUCAUUUUCCUGCCCUGCAAGUAGUGAGCAGAGCUUUGACCCAGAAGCAGACAUUUCUUAUGGCAUGUACAUUUUUCAUGACAGCUGUAAGAAACCUCCCUUGAAACUUCCCAUGAGCAUUUUUCUUUAAAAAGCAGGGGCUUUCCCUCUGUCUGCAGCUGCUUUGAAAUCCCAGCUCCCUUUCUCACACUUGAGGUGUCCUGACCUUAAUGCCCACACCUUGCUCAGCUCUCCCAGCUGCAGCCAGCACAGGAGAGCACCUCCCAUGGCCAAGCAGCAAACACAGGCUGCACAGCCCAAUCCUCCUCUCCCACAGGAAGGUGAGCAGCCUCACAUAAAACCCUGCUCCUUCUUCUCCACACUCAGGACAUCCUCACAGUGCCUGACCUUGGCUGAAACCCCUCCCCAGGACAGCACCGUCUUGUCUUGAUAGGUUUCAGUCACUUAUCCCAACUCCAGUAACACAAGCACAAAGGAGAGGGAUUUACUCCUUGACUCUCUGCUCACCCACAACAAAAAAUUUUCUCAAUGUCUGAGUUCCCCAGUUAGUGUUCACUUUUUCUUUGUAUUUGGGAAAAAAAAAAAAAAAAAGAAAAUAAAGAAA